AUGUCACCUCCCGCAUACCACAUCGCCACCGGCACGCUACUCCUGUUCUCCUGCCUGGCACUCGCCACCGCGGCACUCAGUGGGGCGGCCUCCCGGGGUCUGCCGCUGUCGCCGGAGGGUCUGGGCAAGGCCCACUAUUUUGCCACCGAGCCCGACGGACAGAACAAAACGGCUCCGGUGUGGCCCUUCCAGUGGAACGCGACCCAGGCCAAGAUCAACCCGUUCAACUCGCACAUAUGGUGGGCCAAGUUCUACUACGAUUGGCCCCAUGGCUGGACCAGGACCGACUUCAUGAAUGGGUACUACAGCACUGAGGACAAGUGGUCGCUCAACUGCAGCGUCGUCUUCGCCAACAACCAGGUGUGGUUCACCUUCCCCGAGGAACAGGGCUGUUAUCUCGACCACGACGGCCUCGGCACCAUCUCGCCGUGGUGGUUGCAGACCGGAGUGUACAAGGGCUCGGACAACUUCCGGGGCCUCUACGCUGACCGGUGGACUCUCCCCGAGCUGGGCAUCGACUACUUCGCCCGCAGCGACUCUAUCCACACUCCCCUGCGGAGUACCAAUCAAGCGGAGGACCCGGGCGCGACGGACUACCUCGAUGUCGUGCUGGGGCCGCAGGACCCUGCCCUCUUCAAGCUCCCGACCUACUGCAAGAACAUCAUCAACAAGGGAUGCCCGCCCGACUGGCCUUGA